CUCCGUCUCCCGCGGCGCGGCGGGGUCCGGUCCGGUCCGGGUCCGGUCCGAGGUGAGGCCGCCGCCCGUGCCGCGCCCCUUCCCCCUCGGCGGCGGCCUGGAGGAGGAAGAGGAGGAGGAGGAGGAGGCCCGAGAUUUGCCUGUCAAUGCAUCACCCUGAGACAGCCCAGAAUGAAGAAGGUGAGCAGGCCUGCCAUCUCAGCGCCCAGAGCACCAGGGCCAGCUAAGAGCAAGCCGGACGGCCUGACAGGAAGCAAGCUCUCCAAAGCCAGCACGGCCCCACUAACAAAGGCCAAAAGCAACGACGACCUUUUGUCUGGCAUGGCUGGAGGGGCCCCAGGGACGAACAACAUGAAAGGGAAGAAGACAUGCCCGGUGGCGGCCUCCACUUCCACCGUCCUUGCCGCGAGUGCCAUGGAGAGGACAAGCUCCAAGAGAAACACAUCUGCUGGGAACAAGGAGUCCAGCUCUGCCCGUGAACGGCUGCGGGAGAGGUCGCGUCUAAGUCUGAGCAAGAGGGUGCCUGUCACGGGCCAGGGCCCCAGCGACCCCGCCUUGGCACUGACCAAGCGCUCCCGCAGCCGUGGAAGUGCCGAGACCGAUGUGCGCAUGAGCAAGUCCAAAUCCGACAACCAGAUCAGCGACAAGGCGGCCCUGGAGGCCAAGGUGCAGGACCUGCUGGGGCUGGCCAAGGCCAAGGAUGUGGAGAUCAUCCACUUGCAGAACGAGCUGCGUGCCAUGCGGGGCCAGCUGGGGCUGCGGGAGGAGCCCCUGGAGGGCACGGCCCAUGCAGAGUCCACCUUGCUGCAGCUUCAGGACCAGAACGCUUCCGUCCACCAGAAGCUCAACCAGCUGAAGAAUGAGAACCGGAUGCUCAAGGACCGUUUGAAUGCCCUGGGCUUCUCCCUAGAGCAGGGGCUCGAUCGGCCCGAGAAGCUCUUUGGCUGCCAGUCCUCAGGCCCUGAGACACCAGUGGCACCAGUGGUGGCACCGGCAGCAGGGGCGAGCGGCAGCCCUAGUGAUGGGGGCGGGGGCACACUGGCCUCGUCGGCUGAGGGGUCAGCCCAGGGCUCCCUGGAGGACCUGCUGAGCCCAGACGAGCCAGCUCCCAUGGGCCGCCCGCAGAGCGCAUCCCUGGACAAUCUGGACAGCGAGUGCAGCGAGGCGUACCAGCCACUGACGUCAAGCGACGAUGCCUUGGAUGCACGUGGCUCUUCGCGCUCGCCGUCGGCCUCGUCCUCGUGCUCAGAGGCAGAGGGGCCGCGGGGCCGCGGGCGGCAGCGGCGGGCGGUGCGGGAGCAGGGUGAGGCGGCCUCAGUGGCGUGCCUCACAGAGCGCUUGCAGCAGAUGGAGGAGAACCAGCACAGUACAUCUGAGGAGCUGCAGGCCACACUGCAGGAGCUGGCCGACCUGCAGCAGAUCUCGCAGGAGCUGGGCGGUGAGAACGAGCGACUGGGUGAGGAGCGGCUCCUGCUGCUGCAGUCGCUGUGCCAGCAGAGCGAGCGCCUCGAGCUCCUGGGCCGCCAGCUUGAGUACCUGCGCUCGCUACUCGAUGAGCACCACAUAGCCUACGUGCUUGACGAGGACGUCAAGAGCGGCCGCUACCUGGAGCUGGAGCAGCGCUACCUGGAGCUGGCGGAGAGCGCGCGCUUUGAACGCGAGCAGCUGCUGGGUGUGCAGCAGCACCUGAGUGCCGCCCUGCAGAUGGCCGAGCAGGACAACAAGGACGCGCAGGAGCUCAUUGGUGCCCUCAAGGAGCGCAACCUGCACAUGGAGCGGGCCCUGGAGGCCGAGCAGAAAAACAGCGCCUCUCUAACCACUGCCCUGGAGCAGCACCAGGCCACUGUGGCUGGAGACCAGCUGGAGCUGGGCCGCCUGCGUGCCCAGCUCGAAAGUGAGAAGCAGCGUGUGGCUGAGCUCUACUCCCUCCACAGCGCGGGGGACAAGUCAGACAUACAGGACCUCUUGGAUGGUGUACGCCUGGAAAAGGACAAGGCUGAGGCCCUAGCCAGCAGUCUGCAGGAGGACCUGAACCACGCCCGGGCCGACGUUGCCCGUCUGCAGGACGCCAUUGCCAAGGUCCAGGAGGAGUAUGGAGGCUUCCAAGAGGAGGCCCAGAAGAAGAUGGGUGAGCUGAACAUCGAGUUGGAGAAGUUGCGGUCUGAGCUGGAGGAGAAAGAGACAGAGCGGGGAGACAUGAAGGAGACCAUCUUUGAGCUGGAGGAUGAGGUGGAGCAGCACCGAGCCGUGAAGCUCCAUGAUAACCUCGUCAUCUCCGACUUGGAGAACACCGUCAAGAAACUCCAGGACCAAAAGCAUGACAUGGACAGAGAGGUCAAGACGCUCCAUCGGAGGUUGCGGGAGGAGUCAGCCGAGUGGCGGCAGUUUCAGGCAGAUCUGCAGACAGCCGUGGUCAUCGCCAAUGACAUCAAAUCAGAGGCUCAGGAGGAGGUUGGGGACCUGAAGCGACGACUCCAGGAGGCUCAGGAGAAGAAUGAGAAGCUCACUAAGGAACUGGAGGAAGUCAAGUCCAGAAAGCAAGAAGAGGAGCGGGGCCGCGUGUACAACUACAUGAACACGGUCGAGAGAGACCUGGCCGCUUUGCGACAGGGCAUGGGUCUGAGCAGAAGGUCAUCAGCGUCCUCCGAGCCCACCCCGACUGUGAAGACCCUCAUCAAGUCUUUUGACAGUGCGUCUCAAGGACCGACCCCAACCCCCACCACUGCCAUGCCUCGAACCCCUCUGAGUCCAAGUCCCAUGAAGACACCCCCAGCAGCUGCUGUUUCCCCGAUGCAGAGACAUUCCAUGGGAGGCUCCUUAUCCACCACCAAGCCCCUGUCCACCCUGUCAGACAAGAGACCAAACUACGGUGAUCUCCCCUGCCAAGAGCGUUUGUUACGCACUGGGUCAGUCAGCAGGCCUGCGCCGUUACUGAGAGUCCCGGCCAUGGAAGGUGCCAAGUCUAUCUCAGCAUCUUCUCGCCGAAGCAGCGAGGAAAUCAAGCAGGACGGCCCCUCCCCAGCUUCCCUGAUGGCCAUGGGCCCCACGUCCCCUCAGCUCUCGCAUCCUUCUCCGACAGCAUCCGUCACCCCGACCGCCCGCAGCCGCAUCAGGGAGGAGAGGAAGGACCCCCUGUCAGCCCUGGCCCGAGAGUAUGGAGGCUCCAAGAGGAACGCCCUGCUGAAGUGGUGUCAGAAGAAAACUGAAGGCUACCAGAACAUCGACAUCACCAACUUCAGCAGCAGCUGGAACGACGGACUGGCCUUCUGUGCUCUCCUCCACACUUACCUGCCCGCCCAUAUCCCCUACCAAGAGCUGACCAACCAAGACAAGAAAAGGAAUUUCUCCCUGGCCUUCCAGGCUGCAGAAAGUGUCGGCAUUAAAUCCACUCUGAACAUCUGUGAGAUGGUGCGGACGGAGCGUCCAGACUGGCAGAGCGUCAUGCAGUAUGUGACGGCCAUUUACAAGUACUUUGAAACUUGACACCGCCAGCCUGGGGUCCUUUCACUGGCCACCCGGGGUCUUCACUGGGCUCCGGCCCAGACCUCGCUGCGGCCCUGGUCCUCGGGAAGGACCCAAGGAACGGGGGUGUGCCAUGGAACGGGGGCAGGCCCUGCUAGGGAGGCCUGAGCUGGCCCGCCAACCCAUCUUCCCUGCAUCCCUUGGCACGGCUGCCGUGGAAAUAAACACGUGAUGAAUGAGGAACCUUCUCCGUACCGCUCGAUCCCAGUCCUGGCGGCCCUGGGCUGGAAGGCAACAGGAGAGGCCCAGCCCUGGGCUCCCACUCCUACCAAAGUCUAGUAGUGGUUUAAUGAUCAGAAAAGUGCCCCAGCCCCGCCGCCCCAGAGUGAGGGAGGGUCAGCCCUUCUGAGCCAGACCCGAGAUAGUGCCUUUGCUCUCCUUGGAGCUUGGACCUCAGCUCCCUUUUGGCUCCCUGGAGAGUCGGCCUCGCCCUAGGGACGCUGGGGGGCUUUCUCUUGUCUUCCAGCCAGAGCCCAUGGCCUGUGAGAGACACUUGGGCAGUGCCCACAGCUGGUCUUGUCUGCCCUUUCUCCACACCCACCCACCUCAGAAACCUUGGAGCAGGGGCCUGCCUUCUGGUGCAGGCCCCCAGGCCACAGCCUGAGCUCUCAGAGCCCUGGCCUGCCCCCCACCAAGGAACCAUGGACCAGCCUAUGUCUGUAACGCCCAGCGAGGGAAGGAAAGAGGGCUCAGUGGAGAGACUGUGUGUGUACGUGUAGGGCAGACGGACAGACAGUGUGUGCUCUUAGGCCCGUGUGGCCUGAUGCAGGCUCCCCAAAUCAGCCGGCUCGGGCUCCGAUCACGUUGGACAGGUAGUGGAGUGUCCCCGAUGAGGGGUGGGGCACUCAUGGAGCCACCCACGGAGUUAGCUGGGGACGGGCCAGAAAGAAAUGGGAUUUUCAUGUCGGAAAGAGCCCCUGAAAUAGGUCAUUUGUGCCCCUCCCCAUGGGGUCCCAGGCCACAGAGAGGCUUCCCUGAAGGACUGCCCUUUUUAUUUUGUUCUGUUAACCUUUCUGAAUGUAUUAAAUGCUUACACACUUUA